AUGGAGGACCCUGUGGAGAUGCAGCAGCCAGCACCCCUGGGGAGUCAGGACCUGCCCUGGGCGCUUCUCUUUCUGCUCUACUCUCUGAUGGCAAUUGUCUCUUACCUCCUGGACAUGACCAGCUACAGCCUUCUGGCCCGGGCUGGAGAAUCCCUCCUUCCUGCCCAUCUGUCUGCAGCCUGGUUUGGCCACCCACUCAUAGCUGACAUCAUAUUCCUGGGGCUCCUCCCACUCAGCCUCACCUGGACUCACACCUGCUGGCCCCUGGGCCUCGCCUUCUGCCACCUGGACCCAUGUCUGGCCUUCUUGACCUUCUGUGCCAGUGGCCGGCUGCUGACUCACGUGGCCGCUGACCGCUGCACCUCCUUGCUACAACCAUCCUGGGCACUGGGUCAUCGUACAGUUCGCCAAGUAGUUGUCUGGGCCGGUGGGUUCUGGAUCCUUCUGCUGGGCCUGGCUGGGAGAGCCCUGGUAACUUUAAGGGACCAAACUGGCCAUCGUGACCCUUUAAACAGGACAAUGACCCUGGAAUCCCCAAGGCAUGACCAGGACCCCUGGGCCUGGAACCCCAUGCUGGAUCAGUUAAUAUUUGGGUUGGCCGUGCCACUGGGGGUACUGAGAGUCUUCCACAGCCUUGUGCGUAAGCAGCUGCAACUGGCCAGAGAGGUCUCAGGGAGGCCUCCCCUGCUGGGCCUGCCAGGGGCCACUACAGCCAUGCUGUUCGUCUGUUGGUUUCUCUUCCACCUUCUGCUGCUCCUGAGGUUCCUGGGCAGGUGGCGGUCCAGACUGCAGCUGGGGGAUGUGUUGGUAUUGCUGAGACCUCUGGGGCUCACUCUGCUGGGAUCAACUAGCUUCUUCCAUCCACUGCUGUAUGUGUGUGGGGAUGUGGAAAUCCGGAGAAGGCUGGGCAGGGUCUUGUGGUUCCCUGGAAGGGAAGGGGAGGAGGAGGCCGAGGAACCCCAGGCACUGAGCAUGGAGGCUGAGAGGCUCUGUGGCAGCCUGAGGGAGUAG